UGUCAAGUGAGAAGUUCUGCAUCGAAAUCAUCCUCAACGUCCAUGAAUCUUCCGACUUAUGUGACCUGAACCUCCCACCAAUUAGAAACUCAGCGUCUCCAAGUAAUUCUGACGAUGGCAGCGCGUCCUCUUCUCCUUGGCCUGCUCGCUACCACCAGGUCUCGCAUGCCAUUUGUCCCUCUUCCUAAUGCUCGCAGGCCCUCGUUCUUCAUCAGUGUACUGAAAUCUGCCACUCUUACGACGUCGGCUACCUCUUCCAGCAGUCCUGGAAUCAACGAAUCUCGCCAGGUGCCUAAUCCUUUCGAGGAAGCCAAAUAUGCAGCCUUUCUAGGUGAAGCUGACUCGGACGACGGCUUCGAAGUGGGCAAGCUGGAGCGAGGGGAUACGCAGGAACUGGUCGACCCUGUUAUUGCUCUAAAUGCAGCUUUCCUAGGCGAAGCAGACUCUGAUGAGAAUCUUCAGGCGCUCAGAGUCGAAGCGGGAGAGAGCUUUGUAGCUCUAGACCCGUCAGCAGUGAGAAACGCAGCAUUCCUGGGAGAAGCAGACUCGGACGACGGAUUCGAAGCACAGAGAGCAGAAGAGGGGGAUAGGCACGAGGCUAUGGAUGCCACAAACGCUGCUUUCCUGGGCGAGGCUGACAGUGACGACGGAUUCGAGGCAGACUUCGAGGUGCAUCCCUCAAAAUAUGCUCAUAGGAUCGAGGAUACCACCGAAAGUGGGUUUCAUGCCGAGGGAGGAUAACUGCAUCAAUGGAGAAUUGUGGUCGCACGAAAAUGGCCGCUAAAGGGGAUCUUGCUUGUCGGAUUGAGGGCGCUCUGUAUCACUUGCUGGUCGGUUCGAAGAUUGACAGAAUGAAGCUGUACAGGUCAAAUUGAUGACUCCUGAUCGCAUGGACAGUCAGCUGUUUCUUGUAGCCAGAGCAAUUUAACCAUCAACUUCGAGGCUCUAACGUUCUGGCCCUGGAAC